AUGUCUCUUACAAAUAUUUAUCUUGAUACAAGUCGUUUACCAGAUGACGUAUUAUCAUAUACGGAUCAACGUUUUUAUGAUUUUGUUGAAUCUUUUCUUGGUAAAUUACAUUCUCGUUUACUUGCACAACUGCAUAUUAGUAGCGUGCCGUGCUUUUUGUUAACAGAAAAUCCAUGUGCUAUUUUCAAUAUGGAUAUUGACGAUGAAAUUUUAGAAAAAUUAAGUAAAGAAAUAUGUGUAAAAUUGAAAAAUAAUCAAUUUAUAGUGAAACCUGGUAUCGAAAAUAGUUUUAAAUGUUUGAAACAAUUAUUAUCAAAAAAAACUGAAGAAAAAUUGAAAACAAAGCGUAAAGGACAACAACGAUCGAGAAAUCUUGACAACACCAUUGCUACACAAUCAUCUUCAUUCUCAUCUGCAUUAAUGUCUUUGUCACAACCAUUAUCAUCAGCAAAUUCACUUUCAUCAUUAACAUUAGAUGAACAUCGACAAUAUUUGUUAAACUUGAUUCAACAAUGGUGUAUUGAUAAUAAAUCAAGUCUUCAACUUAAUCAACUCGAAUUAAAAGAAGGUGUUGAUUUUACUUUUUUUUUUUUAA